GAUGCUUUUUUAAAAUAAAGUAACAAAAUCAAAUAAUAAAUUUCUACGUAAGUCUACAUUUAGAAUGCGUGCAUCUAAUUUGAUUAGGAAUCAUACGUAGACCUUGAUUAUUAAUAAAUAACAUGGGUACAACAAAUAUACAUUAGAACCUAGUCACGACCAUAGAUAUGGCUAAUUAAAUAGUUGAGAAAAUUUCAAUUAGGACACCAUAUCAGUACAAACAAGACCGCGUUCUCCACGGUGUCUGCCACGGCCAAACAGCAUCAAAUCGAAACGUGCGGAUACGCACAUGUCCGAGCAGGGAAGGGUUUUUGGGUGCAGCAGGAGUUUAUUUUUGGCGAGGUAAACAGAACAAACUUGGCCGAGUUUUACGAAUUCGUGUUAAGUGGGGAAAAUUGUAGAAGGCUGAUGGUUAGCAACGUCAAAAAAAUAUGACGUUCCAAACACACUAGACAUAUUAUUAUACAACACGUUGAAAUUUCACGUCCGGACCGUGUUUUUGUUAGAACAACGACGAACCACGAUGUGCACGAAGGGGCCGGAAUGCAAACACAAGGGCUUCAGGCCCGAAGGAUGCCAGGUGAUGGAGAAGGGCGAGCCGUGCGCCGAGACCGACACGCUGGACAUCGCCAAACAGUUCAAGAGAUGCUACGAGGAGAAGAUGAGGAUCAUCGAGGCGGACCAGAGACCCGAAGCGGUUCAGGAAAAGAUGAAACUUCAGAGAGAAUGGAUAGACGACUUGCAGGAGCAAAACGAGUUGCUCAUAUCCGCCGUCCAAGAAUUGGAGUAUGAAGCGUCCGAAAGAGUGCAGAAUCUUGAAGAAAAAUUGAAGCAGAGUGCAAAAUGCAUUUGCGAGGUGAUGAAAAAAUAUCGGGAACACGACGUGACCAACGACUUAUUAUCGGAACCUUUGCAGCGGAUUUUUCAGCUCGAGAACGAUCAAAAGAGUCUGAUCGAACUGUUGAACAGAGGCAUCCAAACGAACAAUUGGAAUUUGAAAGGUCUGAGGUUUUUCACCAUCGAAAAGAAAGAUAUUUUCGAUAGCAGGGCCAUUGAUAAGUUUGCAGAGCUAAAGGCUGAGGCAGAAACUGACAGGACCGAAGAAACUAAAUGUAAACAGAUUCAAGAUAAACUGACCAAGAAAGAGAUUGAACUAGAAGAAUCCGACAAAAAUGUGAAGAAUCUAGAACUAAAGAUUCAGUUGGAACCAAACAAAGACAAGUCUUUAAAGGAGGAGUUGGAGUGUUUACGUAUUGAUUACGAGAACGUAAAACGGCGUUUAAAUUUUCCACAGCAAAUGGAGGAGAUGAGAAGGGCUUUAACUGAAGAGGUGGCAGCUAAACACGACAUGAUCAUCCUGCUGAAACGAGACAUCCAACAGUUGGAGGAGAGAUGUCUUCAGGCCGACAAACAGACUGCUUUCAAGGAUGACAUCAUCAAGGAACUGAGGAAGGAAAUAAAGCAGCUUAAGCAACAGAGUCCCGAAGCUGGCGAUACCCGAAUCCAAAAACAAAACCUAUUCUUUGCUCCCAAAAACCCUUCCGAAAUACAAUCCUAUGCGAUGGGCGACCAAGAAAUGCCCUUGAUCACGAUAAAUCACAACAGAAGAACGGUGGAGUCCGGCAAGUCCACGGUGAUUUACAUCCACAAAGAGUCGAGCCGCUCCUCCAGGAGAACCACGGAAUGUGUGGAAGUCAAAGGGACCGAAUGCCGUUGCAGCACCCUGCAAAAAGGGCCGGUUAAGUGUCCCUUAACGAGCAAGGAGCUGGACAAAUCCAUCGACAAGUUGCACUCGUGCAAAUCGGAGGGCGACCUCAGCGAGUUCUCCAGCUUCAGACACCUGCUGAAACCCGUCAGGGAGAAAUCCAAGUACACGGCUGGCGGUUUGAGCAGGCACUACACGUUUGCCGACUUUUCGACUCACGACGAUGUUUUGGAGCAAGAUGAACGUGUGGUCGUACCCAGUCGUACGCCGGUCAAGACGUACGUGAACAAUUUCGAGAACAAACGGCAAAUUAUUAUAAUGGAGGAAGAAGCUGCGCCGGUCAGGCGAAACGUUUGCAGAUGCAAGCUGAUCGGUGCUCACGACGAGACGUGCAAAUGCUACGAGACCGACGAAAUAGUCCGGAUGAGGAAGAAGAUUAAAGAGCUGAACGAUCACACGCAUGACGGGUUGGAGGUUUUCUCGAAGGUUACGACCAAAGUGUAUUCCAUGACCAAAUGCGUGAAGCUUCUUCUAAACUUUGCCGAUAAAAUUAUUGCAGACUACGAUAAAGGGGUUAACGAAAUAACGAGGAAACUGAAAGACUCCAUCAACACGAUGAAAUCCUACUCGUACAAGCAAAUGCACGACCUGGAGCAGAAGCCUAAGAUCCCGAACAACAGUCUGGAUUAUUGGAAGGUUCUGGUGUACGAGGUGGACGUCUUGAAACAAGGCUUGUCGGUGCGGGACGAGCAGUUAUGGCUGUUGAUGGACAUCAUUAAAAAAAUGUUGGGGGAAAUGGGCGACAUGAGAGUCAAAAUGAAAUAUUUGAAGGAGAGCAUGGACACUAUUGCAGCAAAACUAAAAUUAGAAAAAGAGAGAAAUGAAAGAAAUUACGAGCAAGUCCAAUCGGAAUUGGAGACACUCGAGAAAAAGUUUCAGGACUUCUGCAAAGUCAGAGACAUUCUCAAAGGACGCAACAGGAAGCUGGAUGAGGAAAGAGAUGAAUGCAAGAAAAAACUGUGCGAAAUACUUUGCGACAACAGACGAAAGGCCUGCGAGAUAAACGUGCUAAGACGCGAGGUUGAUCAGCUUGCCAAAAUAAAGGACUGUCUGAAGUGCAGAAUAAGGCAGAUACUUUGCAACCAGGAAGACAAAGUUUCAUGUAAAGUUACCGGACUCGAGAACGAGUUGAAGCUGGCCAGGCAGAACGAGGCCAAAUUGUUACAAAUACAUGAGAGCUACAUUGAAAAAGUGGCGCAGCUGGAAUAUGAGCUGAAUCUAAAACAAGUGAUUUCUUCACCUGGUCAAGUGCCUAUUUCCGCCGAACCUUACUUGUGCAAAAUCAAAGAGUUGGAAAUAGAGUUGGCCAAAUCACAGCUCUAUUCGAAUACUCAAAGGGAUAUUCUGGAAGAUAGGUAUCAAUGCAUUGUUAAAUCAUUGGAAGAACAGUUAUAUAAUUGUCAGCAAGCAAAGGGUAGUCCAAAAGAAGUAAACAAUGACGAAGUCAACGAGUUGAAUGCCACGGUUAUUGAAAUAAGAAACAACCUGAAGAGAGCCUUGGAGAUUCAAGAGGAAAAAGAUAAAGCGUACCAAAAGGACAUAGAUCACCUAAACAGCAUAAUCGGAGACUUGAAGGAGAAACUUACCUCUUGCCACACCAACUACAACAAAAGAAGAAAAAGAAAGCGUAGAGUAUCAUUUUGCGAUCCCGAAUGCUCACCCUCAAACGCAGACGACUCCCCAGCAGAGCAACUUGCGACAGAUAUUAAAGAGAUGGAGGAGAAGUUAAAUGCGGAAAAGGAGGCCAGACGAAAAGAAUCUGUCGACUACAAAGACAAAAUCUGUCAACUGGAAGCUGCUUUGGAAGAUGCCAAACAACGAGCCAAAAAUUUGGAAACAGCCGUGGACCUGUACUUAAACACCAUAAACGUUCUUGAGGCCACCGAAGAAAAACACAAAAUUGAGAUUGACCAACAAAAAAUUACAAUUUCCAACCUCCAAGAGGCAUUAAUUGCGACCAAACACGACCUGGAUGAGCUAAAACAUAAAUCCGAAGAAACUGUAAGUGUAGGAUGGGCAGCUCGUUGGUUUGGAGGUUCCGAACCAAAACCACCAAAUAAAUCUGUGCAUGAUAUCCACGAACAGAAAGGUAUCUUCAAUAUUUUAUACGCAUUUUUAUUAGAUGCCGAAGAGAAAAGAGAUACAAUUACGAAGGAGCACGCAGCAAUUACACACAGUUAUAAAAGUCUGCAAGAGCUAAAUCUGGAAUUAGAGUUAGAGCAUUGCGAAACGUUACAGAACAUAGAGGAGCUUGAAGGUCAACUAUAUAAGUAUCAAUCAUUAUUAAAGAUUAGAGAGGGAGAAAAUUCAGAGAACAGCAAACUGCUGAACAACUUGUGCAAACAAAGAGAUCACUAUGAAAAAGUCAUUGAGUAUUUCAGGAUUGAAAUGGCGAACACCUCUGAGCAAUUAUUAAAUCUACAGAAGCUUCUAGACAAAGAAGAAACUGCAGAUCUAAACAAUAAGCAGCUGAACGAAACGUUAAACGAAGUAAACGAAACCAAUAAACAAUUAAGUUGUAAAUUGUUAGCUCUAGAGCAACAAAUGAAACUGGAAAAUCAAAUGAAUCAAAUCAAUGAGUCCAGAAUCCAAGACCUCCAGAAACUCAUAACCAAACAAGAGACGUGCAAAAAACACUACCAAGAAAUUGUUUCGGAAAUCAAGUGUAACUUAAAAGAGAUGAUCCAACAAAACACCGACUUAAAAAACACCAUCAAAGAUCUAAACAAGAACAUCGCCGAACUGUCAGUGACGGCCAAAAAGACCGAAAUGGCAAACGAAGAACACAAAAAGGCCACAAGGAAGUGCGGCGAAAAGGUGAUGCGUUGGUCCAAGAAUCUGACCGAACUGAAAACGAUAAUUUGCAACAAGAACUGCAAAAUUAAACAACUGGAACAACAAUUCCAGCUUCUGUACCGCAACCAUCAGAACGCGUUGGCCGAUUUGGAGAAGGCGAACGUGGAAGUGCGGGAGAAAGAAAGAGGUCUGCGUAGUGCCCACGAAAAUCUCGAGAAGUUCUACGAGAACCAUCAAGACGCCAUAUACGAGAUACAGAAGUCGCACGAUGAUUUAUACGUGAAACAACAAGAACUCGAAUUUUUGCAAGGCAAUUUUAACGAGCUGCUACAAAAGUACGAAAUUUUAAUGAUUGAGUCCAGAACGGAGCCGAAAUGCUUCGAGGAAAAGGGCGUCAGCAAUGACGAGUGUCAGAAUUUGUCUUGCGAGGAGAGCAUGAACGAGCUGAGGCUGGCGCUGGAGGCCAAGGAUAGCCAGAUAAGCAACCUCCAGGAAUGUUUGAAAGGGUUGUACAAGGAAUUGGAUUAUACUAUAUCCAACAAGCAAAUACCGUCAAAUACUUGUUAUCAGCAAGACCUGGACAAGUUGAGACGCGCCCUUCAGCAAAAGGAUUUGGAGGUGGCGAGGAUGCAGGAACAGCUAGAGCAGCUCCAGAAUGAAAUCAAGAAGUCCUCGGAUAAAGCAACGAUGCGAGAGGUGGAUGACAAUUUUGAAAAUAACAGUUCCGCGGAUUGCAUAGAACAACUCCCCUACGACACACCUACCCCAUGCUGUGACGAAGGUUCAAAGAAGGUAACACAAAUGUUGGAGAUGAAAGAUGCACCUACAGCAUGCUGUGAUGAACAUUUAAAGAAAAUGAAACAAAUGUUAGAGAUCAAGGACGAAGAGAUCAACAAUUUGCGUCAAUUGCUUGGGACCGUCAAUUCAAAACUUUCAAUAAUAACCAGCAGAACAACUGAAAGUAGAGGUUGUCAAGUUACACAGCAAUUUGACGAACCUCGUAAGGAAGGUUGCAAAGAACUGAAAGCUUGCUUGGAACAGGAAAGAGCCAAUCAUGCUAACACCAAAUGUGAGUUGGAACGACUAAAGCAUUCGGUUUGUAACUGUCGAAAGGAAAAGGAAUUGAAGGAGAUAAUAAAGAACAAAGAAUCGGAAAUCUGUGUUUUGACAUCUUCAUUGGACACAUUAAAUAACAAAUUAAUAGACAUGGUGAACGAGCUGGAUAAGGCCAAAUGUGAGAUGGUAAAUAAACAAAAGACCAUCGACACUCUAGAAAAGGAAUCGGAGAGUUGGUUGAAAAAGCAAGACGAAAUGGAAGAACAGCAGCAAAUCAUUAAAGAACUACAGUGCAAAUUGGACGAAGUGAGGGCGAAAGAAGACCUCAUAUCAAGCAUGCAGAAAAUUAUGGGCGAGCUCAAACAGAAAGCGGACGUGGUGAAGUUCAAAGACGAAGAGAUUUUAGAACUGCAAGAGACAAUUAAAAGAUUAACCACAGAGAUUAAAAAUUACGCUGAUUGCAAUAAGAAAAUGGCGCUGGAAAUCAAAAACAGCAAAGUCCAGAUGGAUAGUUUGUUGAAGAAGGAACACGAAAUGAUGAGGUGCCAAAGAGUGAUUAAGGAAAUCCGAACUGCGAUUGAUGAAAUUAAUAAAAGUGUAGGUCUGACGCAAACGGAGAAUGCCUCCUGUAAUGAGUGCAACACCAGUGAAAUACCUUGCCCCUGUGAAGUCGAAUUUUACAAGAACGUCGUGGAAACACUUGGCACCCAUGUAGUGGAAUUGAAAUCGAGGCUAAACGAAGCCCAAGUUAAGUACAAAGCUGUGGAGGCAAUUGCGAAACAAAAGGAUUUAAAAAUAGAAGAGCUCAAAGAAACGUGUAUUAAAAAAGACAAGGAAAUGAACGACUUAAAGAACAAACUUACAGAAAAACUUCAAAAGUGUCAGCUGCAGGAAGAAAAGUACAAGGAACAGUCUUGUAAACUGGAGUGCGAGCUGUUACAGUUAAAAAAAGAACUCGAAGCUAAAACAACGAAAUUAAAUGAGCUGAAGAAAAACGUUAAAGAUAUGACCAGUUCCAAGUGCAUUCAACUCUCUUGCGCCCAAGACGAAAUACUGCUACUCAAGAACGAAGUCUCCAGACUGAUGAAGAGGCACAAUCAACUCAAUGCUGAGAACGAAAAACUAAUUUGUCACACAACCCGUUUAACCGCCACAAUUGCUGACAUCCAAGAAAAGAACGACAUACUCAAGAAGCAGCUGGAGCAGUACAUACAGGAGUUGGCCAACGUGCAACAGGAGAAAGAUGACCUAUUGCAGAGGAACAAGAAUUUGGCCUCCGAGCUGCGCGCCAUUCAAAAUUCCUUCGGACAGCUGAAGCGACAGCAAAGGUAUGCGAGCGAUUCCGUUAAGAAUUUGGAAGCAGAAAUUGACGUGCUUAAAACAAACCGCGACGAGAUUUGUUACGAAAGUAAGAACGUGAUUGGGUACGUUAAGUCGUGGUUGGAGGAGCAGAAGAGAAUCAACGAGUUCGUGGAUAGGAAGGAAAGAAACUACUGCGAAAUCAUCGAGAGGUUGCAGGAGAACGAGUGUGGAGCCAUGGUUAGAAGACCUGAAAGGAUAGUGCGUCCUCCAGCUCCUCAGUCUCCGUGGAGUUUAGGAUCGCAAGGAACUUGUUCAGGAUAUGAGGAUGAUGCACGUAGUCCUACUCAAGAGUCGGAGUGGUUCGCCGCUAAUUAUCAGAACACAUCUGAAGAUUCUGAGGAGGAUUGGGCCGCCAAAGUUGAAACUUUGGCAGCUCAAGUCAGACAAACAAAUACUAUUUGGCAAAAUAAAAUGAAAAGAUGCCCUCCAGGAGAUAGAGAUGUUUCAAAGGACGAUAAAAAAUAAUAUAAUAAUAAGAAACAUAUAUACAAAUAACAUUUUAUUAUAUAUAAUAUAUUAUAUUUAUGACUUUUAUAAAAGUACUGUCGAAACUAAUUUUUAAUAAAGUUUGUUAUAGCAUAUACAUAUAUA